AUGACGAACACUGUUCCGCCACCACCACCGCCGCCGCCCGAAGGGAGCAGCAGUCCGCCCAGGUCGAAGCUAUCGCACACCCAGAGGGCGAGAUGGGCGACUCGCAAGAUGACGGUCAAGAGCAGCGCCAACAAACGCUCGUCGCUGCUGAACCGCAUGCACAAUCGCACGCUGUCGGGCGCGAGUGAGAAGCGCCGCAGCGCGGCUGGUGGUGACGAUGGGCAGCAGCAGGACGGCGAGAACCCUAAGCAGCACGAUGCUGGUGAUGCUGCUGGCUCCGAUGACGGCUCCGAGGAUGAACAGGAGAACCGCAACCUCUACUUCAACCUGCCGCUGCCCGACGAGAUGCUCGAGGAUGGCCACCCCAUCAACGAGUACCCCCGAAACAAGAUUCGUACCGCCAAGUACACUCCCCUCUCGUUCGUGCCAAAGAACCUGUGGUUCCAAUUCCACAACAUUGCCAACAUCUUCUUCUUAUUCCUCAUCAUUCUGGGCUUCUUUUCCAUUUUCGGUACCGUUAAUCCGGGACUCAACGCCGUCCCCCUUAUUGUCAUCGUCGCCCUCACGGCCGUCAAGGAUGCCAUUGAAGACUACCGAAGAACCGUUCUCGAUAACGAGCUGAACAACGCACCGGUCCACCGACUUCACGGCUGGAACAACGUCAACGUCGAAGAGGACAAUGUCUCGGCCUGGAGGAAGUUCAAGAAGGCCAAUUCCGCCUUUUUCGGCCGCAUAUGGCGCGCCAUCCAGAGCACGUGGUCAAAGAAAGCUCGUGCCGAACGCCAGAGGCGAAAAAUGCCCAUUGUCGAAGAUGAACCCCGAGCCUCGAUUGAAACCGUGCGGACCAGGCGAACGAUGCGCGACUCCAUGGCCUCUCCCUUUGAACGCCGCGAUUCCUACGUGUCCACCACCGACGCCGACGAGAUCCAGAUGACGCCUGUCGCUUCGCCCAACCCCAACGUCAUCACCUUUGAGCUCCCCACUCAGGGUGACGCGAAGCGAGCUGAGGCUAUAUCCAGCAUGAAGUCGGACCUGAUCAAUUACGAAUGCCAGACCCAGGGCGCCCGCUUCGCAAGGGACACGUGGAAGAAUCUCGUGGUUGGUGAUUUCGUGCGUAUCUACAAGGACGACGAGAUUCCUGCCGAUGUCAUUAUCCUCUCCACUUCGGACCCCGACGGUGCCUGCUAUGUCGAAACGAAAAACCUGGACGGCGAGACAAAUCUCAAGGUACGACAGGCUCUUCGCUGUGGGCGCGGCAUCAGGCAUGCUCGUGACUGUGAGCGUGCCCAGUUCCGCAUCGAGAGCGAGGCUCCGCAAGCCAACCUGUACAAGUACAACGGUGCCAUCAAGUGGCGACAGAAGGUUCCCGGCUAUGCGGACGAAGAGCCCGAAGAGAUGACCGAGCCAAUCACCAUUGACAACCUGCUGCUGCGAGGCUGCAACCUCCGAAACACCGAAUGGAUCUUGGGCGUCGUCGUCUUCACUGGGCACGACACCAAGAUCAUGAUGAACGCUGGCGUCACCCCCAGCAAGCGUGCCCGCAUUGCCCGCGAAAUGAACUGGACCGUCAUCUGCAACUUCAUCAUCCUCUCCAUCAUGUGCUUGCUUGCGGCCAUCGUCAACGGCGUGUCCUGGGCCAAGGAUGACGCUUCCCAGCAUUUCUUCGAUUUCGGUUCCAUAGGCGGAAGCUCCGGCGUCACUGGAUUCGUCACCUUUUGGGCCGCCAUCAUUGUCUUCCAGAACUUGAUCCCCAUCUCGCUCUACAUUACGCUCGAAAUCGUGCGAACGCUGCAGGCCAUCUUCAUCUACAACGAUGUCGAGAUGUACUACGAACCGAUCGACCAGCCUUGCAUUCCCAAGUCCUGGAACAUCUCUGACGACGUUGGCCAGAUUGAGUACAUUUUCUCGGACAAGACCGGAACACUGACCCAAAACGUCAUGGAGUUCAAGAAGGCCACCAUCAACGGACAACCCUAUGGCGAGGCCUGGACCGAAGCCCAGGCUGGCAUGCAGAAGCGUCUCGGUGUCGAUAUCGAGAAGGAGUCUGAGAGGAUCCUCGCAGAAAUCGCCGAAGCUAAGGUGCAAGCGCUGCAGGGCCUCCGCAAGAUCCACGACAACCCCUAUCUCCACGACGAUGCCAUGACCUUUAUCGCUCCCGACUUUGUUGCGGAUCUGGCUGGCCACCACGGAACCGAGCAGCAACAGGCCAACGAGAACUUUAUGCUGGCUUUGGCUCUUUGCCACACGGUCAUGGCUGAACGCACGCCCGGCGACCCGCCCAGGAUGACGUUCAAGGCGCAGUCUCCCGAUGAAGAAGCUUUGGUCGCUACCGCUCGCGACAUGGGCUUUACGGUGCUGGGUAACUCUUCGGAUGGAAUCAAUGUCAACGUCAUGGGCGAGGAGCGCCACUACCCGCUCCUCAACACCAUCGAGUUCAACUCUACCAGAAAGCGAAUGAGCACCAUUGUCCGGAUGCCCGACGGGCGAAUCAUGCUCUUCUGCAAGGGCGCCGAUUCCGUCAUCUACGCUCGCCUCAAGAGGGGCGAGCAAAAGGAGCUGCGACGUAUUACCGCCGAACACCUGGAAAUGUUUGCCCGCGAGGGUCUGCGUACCCUUUGCAUCGCCCAAAAGGAACUCACCGAACAGGAAUACCGCCAAUGGAAGAAGGAACACGACGCCGCUGCCGCUGCUCUCGAGAACCGUGAGGAGAAGCUUGAAGCUGCUGCCGAGCUCAUCGAACAGGAUCUCAUGCUUCUCGGAGGUACCGCCAUUGAAGACCGUCUCCAAGAUGGUGUGCCCGAUACCAUCCAGCUGCUGGGCGAGGCUGGUAUCAAGCUCUGGGUUCUUACCGGUGACAAGGUCGAGACUGCUAUCAACAUUGGUUUCUCCUGCAACCUGCUCAACAAUGACAUGGAGCUGAUCCAUGUCAAGGUGGAUGAGGAUGCCGCUGAAGGCAAUGGCGCCGAGGACGAGUUCGUUUCUCUUGUUGAGAAGCUGCUGGAUGAGGGCCUGAAGACGUUUGGCUUGACUGGCAACGACGACGACCUUGCUGCUGCCAAGAAGAGCCACGAGCCGCCCGCGCCCACGCACGGACUGGUCAUUGACGGUUUCUCCCUCCUAUGGGCCUUGGACGAUCGUCUGAGGCAGAAGUUCCUCCUUCUCUGCAAGCAGUGCCGAUCCGUCUUGUGUUGCCGUGUCAGCCCCGCGCAAAAGGCCGCCGUUGUGUCCAUGGUCAAGAACGGAUUGGACGUCAUGACUCUGUCCAUUGGUGAUGGUGCCAACGACGUUGCCAUGAUCCAAGAAGCCGAUGUCGGCGUCGGUAUCGCUGGUGUCGAGGGCCGACAGGCCGCCAUGUCUUCCGACUAUGCCAUUGCCCAGUUCCGAUUCUUGCAGCGACUGGUGCUGGUUCACGGACGCUGGUCAUACCGCCGCUUGGCCGAGUCCAUCCCCAACUUCUUCUACAAGAACAUGGUGUGGACUUUUAGCAUCUUCUGGUUCUCCAUUUACACCAACUUCGACAUGACAUAUCUCUUCGAUUACACCUACAUCCUGAUGUUCAACCUGUUCUUCACUUCGGUGCCGGUUGCCAUCAUGGGCGUGCUUGAUCAGGAUGUCUCGGAUGCCGUCUCGUUGGCCGUGCCGCAGCUGUAUCGCCGUGGCAUCGAACGACUGGAAUGGACGCAGAAGAAGUUUUGGCUUUACAUGUUGGACGGUAUUUAUCAGUCCGUCAUGGUUUACUACAUUCCAUAUCUGCUCUUCCAACCUGCACGGCCCGUGACGAUGAACGGCCUGGGAAUUGACGAUCGAUACCGAUUCGGAGCCUACAUCGCGCACCCCGCAGUCCUGACCAUCAACGCUUACAUCCUGAUGAACACGUACCGAUGGGACUGGCUGAUGCUACUCAUCGUGGCACUUAGUGACAUCUUCAUCUUCUUCUGGACUGGCAUCUACACAUCGUUUACCGGGUCUGACCAAUUUUACGGGGCUGCCAAGGAGGUAUACGGCGAGGCGACCUUCUGGGCCGUCUUCGUGCUCGUUCCCGUCAUCUGCCUGUUCCCGCGAUUUGCCAUCAAGUCGCUGCAGAAAGUCUUCUUCCCCUACGACGUGGAUAUCAUCCGAGAGCAGGAUAGACUGGGUGCCUUUGCUCACCUCAAGUCAGAGAGCACCACGGUAGAAGCGAUUGGUGACGAGAAGAGCCAGAAGUCCAAGUCGUCCGGCAGCUCACGAGCGAAGCACGCCCAAUAUGCCAGCGUUGACGAGGAUCUGCGACCCAUCUACCCUCCGUCGACGGUGACGCGAACAACAACGCAAAACUACCACAGCCAGACGGGCAGCGACAGCACUAAUUAUACGGGCAACCGCUUCUCUCUCGAAGUGCCAGCGCAGCAGAACCGGCAGAGCAUAGACCGGGCAAGACCGUCAUAUGAUCGCAUGCGACAGUCAAUGGACCGCAUACGAUACAGCUACGAGGCCAGCAGCGACUUUACGUCUGCUGCCCGGCUGUCCCGCAUCGAGUCCAGUCGCUCCCACGCCGCCUCAGGCCUCACUUCACGGUUGCGCGGGCUAUCAUUGACCAAGAGCGCUAAUGUAUAG